AUGACACCCAUGCGCGUGGCCGUCCAUCCAGAUGCCUUCCCUGCGCGUCGGCCUGCCAUGUUACCAAGUGGCGGCUUUGCAACGCCCCUCUCUAAACGGCGGAAUAUCUCAAAUGCGAUAAGUCAGUCCGGAAGAUACUCAUACAGCACAGCCCCUGUCGAUACCACACAGCCUGUCAUUCACGAUGUCUUUGAGUCAAGGACGGGAACCUGGCAAUACCUCGUUGCAGACCCAGCGACGAAAGCGGCUGUCAUCAUUGACCCAGUCCUGGAUUAUGACCGCACAACUCAAAUUAUCACCACUUCUUCAGCUGACGAGCUGCUUCGACUGGUCAAAGAAAAGGGCUACCGAGUCUUGCGGAUCCUAGAAACUCAUGCACAUGCAGAUCACCUCACUGCAGCUUCGUACCUACAGAAGCGCAUCGCAGAGGAGCAUGGUAACAAGCCACAGAUUGGCAUCGGACGGCGCAUCGGACAGGUACAGGACUUAUUUGGCCAACGAUAUGACGUGCCCAGCCAAGAGCGUCAUGGUGCUUUUGACAAACUCUUUGAAGACGAUGAGAGUUUUAGCAUUGACAAUGUGUUCUGCGGUGACUCCCUUUUCCACGUGGAUAUUGGGACUGCUCGAUGUGACUUUCCUGGGGGAAGUGCCAACAACCUUUAUCACUCGGGCCGCAGGCUUCUUAGUCUUCCAGACCACGUCAAAGUUUGGACAGGCCAUGACUAUCCCCCGGACGAUCGAGAAGGCCCGGUGCCAUGGAUGACAGUCAGCGACCACAGAAAGCUAAACAAACACUUACGGGACGGUAUCACCGAGGAAGAAUUCGUUGCGCAACGCAAAGAGCGCGAUGCUCAGCUCGGUGAGCCAAAGCUACUUCACCAGUCUCUGCAGACAAACAUCCGAGCUGGCAAGCUGCCACAACCAACGGCUUCUGGGCACCGUAUGCUUCGUGUACCUAUGGAACUUGGAGACCUGCAAUGGUGA